AUGCAAACAACGAAAAAAGAACAAGCAAGAAUAACAAAAACAAUCAGUCGAACACGAGCAUACUGGCAAUCACGUUUAGGAGCAGCAUUCAGGACCGCAUUAGCGUGCACCAUCAUUGGUUUCGUAACCCUAUUCAGCCCUGUUGUACUCCAAAAGGAAGUAGCAUUUCCAGCUUUGUCGUAUGUAACGGUAAUUCUUGUCGUAACAGAAGCGACAUUAGGUGAUACAGUUCAAGGUUGCUGGCAUGCCUUAUUUGCUACUUGCCAAGGAGCAGUACCAGCUUUCUUAAUUUUAUGGCUUGUUGGACCAGCUAGGUAUUCAAUUACUGCAUCUGUUCUUGCUGUGACACUCACAAGUUUUGCUGUUAUGCUGCCAGAAUCAACUCACCUGAUUUGUAAGCGGAUCGCUCUUGCCCAAAUUGUAAUUUUAUACUCGGUCACUUCUGUCAAAGGUGUUCACACCAAGGUUUUUAUGCACCCGGUGCACGUUGCGGCCAGUACUGGUGUUGGUGCUUUUGCUGCUCUUUUAGCGUUGGUUUUUCCGUACCCUCGACUCGCAAGUUACGAGGUUAGAAAAAAUUGUUUGGUGUUCAAAGAGAAUUUUUCAAGAAGACUGAAUCUUUUAGUGAAUGCAUUUUGUGCUGAAAACAAAACAUCCGCACUAGCAUCAAUAUCUCAAGCAAAAUCUUUGGGCAGAACAGGGACCACUCUAAUCCAAAACAUCAAAAUCAAACAGAAAAGCAUGCAGUGGGAGAAACCCUUGAACAGAUUGACUAAACAGUAUGACAUGAAUCCAACAGACAGAUUUCAAGCCUUAGAAAUACCCUUAAAAGGGAUUGAAAUUGCUUUAACUUCUUCUACUUCAUUUCCUGUCAGAGUUGUGGAUCAAGAACUUAAGAGUCUUCUAUUUACACUAAAAGAGCAAACAAAUUUGCAUUUGAACCAAGCUAGUCAUGCUUCACCUAGUUGCACCUCCACUGUUCCUGAAACUAACGGAAAAGAACUUCUACCCAAGUUGUUCCUCCAACCUCCUCAUACCAUUAACUUCCUUACCAGAAAUGAUUUACCAUCUUUCUUCUUUCUAUUUUGCAUGAAAUUUCUCAAUGAUGAAUCUAUGAUAAGUCAAAGUGCCGACUCCACAAACAAACCCGGAACCAAUAUUCAAGAGUUGAUGCAAAAACAAUAUCAGUGCACCAAGAAACUAUUCAUGAUCAGCAAUUUGUUCAGGAGAACUAGUACUAAAAGAUUGAUAUAUGCUGCCAAAUGUUCUGGUUCAUUAGGUCUGGCUGUGUUAUUUGGGAUGAUUUUUAAUAAAGAGAAUGGAUUCUGGGCAGGACUUACAGUCGGGGUUGGCAUGGCAGGUGGAAGAGAAGCAACAUACAAGAUUGCAAAUAAUAAAGCACAAGGAACAGUGUUAGGAACCAUAUAUGGACUCUUAGCUUGCUUUGUUUUUACAAGACACUUGGUAUUUAGAUUUCUGUCACUUAUUCCUUGGAUUAUGUUCGCUAGUUUUCUGAGACGAAGUCGAAUGUAUGAUCAAGCUGGUGCUGUAUCAGCAGUCAUUGCUGCAUUAAUCAUGUUAGGCAGGAAGAAUUAUGGACCCCCAAGUGAAUUCGCCAUUGUCAGAGUUACAGAAGCCUUCAUUGGACUUUCUUGUUCAAUCAUGCUGGAAAUUCUCUUGCAACCCACUAGAGCCUCUACAAUGGCUAGGGGUGGAAUAUCGAAGAGCUUAAAGUUACUUUACGAGUUCGUCGAAUCGAUUGAUUUUUGCAUUGAUUCUGGAAACAAAUCGAAGAUGUUUUUGAAGGAGUUGAAUGAGAAAGAAAAUAAGCUUAGGGUCAGUAUUAAUGAACUAUGCAAUUUCAUUGCAGAAGCUGGAGUAGAACCAAACUUUUGGUUCAUACCUUUUCAUGGUGUCUGUUAUGGUAAGUUACUAGGUUCCUUGUCAAAAAUGGUGGAUGUUAUGCAUUUUGCAACACAAGCAAUUGGUCUCUUAGUACAAGAGUCUCAUAAAUUUGGUGCAACUUGGGUUAUACUUCAACAAUUGAUAGGUGAAGAUUUACAACUUUUAAGAAAAUUGGUCAAUUCUUCUGUACAAUGUUUUGAGAAAGUAACUUCAGUAGCAUCUCUAGAGAAACUAGAAAAAGAGUUAGAAAGUAAGAACAUCUCUUGUGACGUAGAAUCAGGUCAAUCUGUGGCAAAUGGAAGCGAGUUUAAUGUUUUGAUAAGCGAAAAUGAAGAGGCAUUAGAAAAAGUUCUGAGUUCUUUUGUGAAACAUACUAGAGAAUUGGUUGAUGAAUCUCACGGUUUUGAAGGGGAUGAUCGAGACAAAAUCAAGAGCCAAUUGGUUCUUUGUUUGAGUGCAUUGGGAUUUUGGAUUGACAGUUUAAUGAAAGAAACAAGAGAGAUAGAGAAAAGUGUUCAGGAAUUGGUUCAAUGGGAUAAUCCUACAAGCCAUAUAAAUAUGUCAGAUAUUUACUUCAAGAUAAAUGCUUUGCACACACAUAACAAAGAGCAACAUACAGUACUCGACUAA